CCUCAUUUCUCCAUCAGCCUUUCUCUUUUCUUUCCCUACUCAUCCUUCGUCUUUCUUCUUCUUAUUCUUUCUCUCUCUCUCUCUUCUCUGUUCUUCUUCCUUUCCAGAUCUGGGUUUCUCUUCUCCCUUCUUCUUCCUUUCCAGAUCUGGGUUUUCUCAAACCCAGAUCUGGGUUCUUUCAAACCAACCCAAAUCUGGGUUCUCAAAGAGAUGGGUGUUUUUGACAGAUUUUCUUAGGAGCAAAAGCGAAGGAAGAUACUCUGAUUACAGCGCCGACACAGACAACAAAAAAGAAGAAGACGAUAUUGAUUUCGAUCUCAAAACAGAAGGUUAUCAAUAUUAGCAAUUUCAAGUUUUUUGUGGCUUAUUCUGGGUGGUAGUUUAAAGUUGUUUGUAAGGGUUUCUUUUGAGUUUUAAGGAUACCCUUUUCAGAUUGGAAUUUCGAGUCGAAACUUGAUGUGGGUUCUGCAGAAUUUUGCCAAUGGGGAAGAAAAUUUAAGAAUAAUUUUAAUACUUUUUAAAAAAAUUUUUCUACCGUGUGAACUACUUGAGCCUCCACCAUGGCCGGCAAUAGAGCCAUAACGCUCGAGGAGAUCAAGAGCGAAUUAGUCGAUUUGGAAAUACCUGAGAAGACAAAAGAUAGUUCAGGGAAACCAUGGCAGCUUAUUGGUUUGUUGCCUCUAUUUGAUCCUCCAAGGCAUGACAGUGCGGAAACCAUUAGAAUGGCUAAAGUCCUUGGCGUGGAUUUUAAGAUGAUUACUGGUGAUCAGCUUGCCAUCGCCGAAGAAACUGGGAGGAGGCUUGGAAUGGGAACGAACAUGCACCCUUCUUCCUCCCUGCUUUUUGAAGAUAAGGAUGCUUUAAUGGCUGCUGCUUUCCCUAUAAAUGAGUUCAUUGAGACGGUAGAUGGAUUUGCUGGAGUAUUACCAGAACACAAAUAUGAAAUUAUUAAGAGGCUGCAAGAGAGGAAACAUAUCUGUGGUGUGACUGGAGAUGGUGAUGCAACUGCUUUGAAGAAGGCUGAUAUUGGAAUUGCUGUUGCCAAUGCUUCAGAUGCUGCUAGAAGUGCAGCGGAUAUUGUCCUUACUGAACCAGGGCUUAAUGCCAUUAUAAGUGCAGUGCUAACCAGCAGGGCUGUUUACCAAAGGAUGCAGAACUACAUAAUCUAUGCUGUUUCUGCCACCAUCCAUAUUGUGUUUGCUUUCAUGUUUAUUGCCUUGAGAUGGUCGUUUGACAUUGCUCCUUUUAUGGUCUUAAUUAUUGCCAUCCUAAAUAACGUGACAAUCAUGACAAUAUCAAGAGACAGAGUGAAGCCAUCUCUACAGCCUGACAGCUGGAAGCUGAGAGAGAUUUUCACUACUGGUAUUGUUCUUGGAGGAUACUUGGCAUUCAUGACUGUAUUAUUUUUCUGGGCUAUAACAAACACCACUUUCUUCGAGGACAAGUUUCAUGUAACUCUCUACCACUGGUGGCAUAAUGGUGAGACGGUCCUCUACCGCCCGUGGCAUAAUGGUGAGUCGGUUCAGAAAAUAACGGCAGCUUUAUACCUUCAAGUGAGUAUUGUGAGCCAGGCCCUUAUUUUUGUGACACGAUCCCGAAGCUGGUCUUAUGUUGAACGCCCCGGACUUCUGUUAAUCAGUGCUUUUAUAGUCGCUCAGCUGGUAGCAACCCUGAUUGCAGUCUAUGGAAUUUGGGGUUUUGCUAAUAUAGAAGGUACUGGCUGGGGAUGGGCUGGAGUGAUCUGGCUUUAUAGUGUUGUGACUUAUAUCCCUCUUGAUCUUCUCAACCGCUCUGUGCCUUUACCAGCAAUUACUCGACCAAGUUGGGGUCUGGAGCAUUUGGGAGCAUUUGGGAUUGUUUAUAGAGGGCAGUUUCCCAAUGGAUUCAAGAUUGUAGUGAAGUUGCUCGAGAAAAGUUCUGAAAGAGCAGCAACGAAUGAGGAUCUAAUGAAAGCCUUGAGAUUGUAGCAGUGCCAAUCGGAUUUGUAAAGAGGCGUUUCCUCUGAAUCAUCGCUGAAUUCCUUGUUACUUGCGUUUCAAGUUAACCGUGGCAUUCUUCCUUCUUCUUCCUUUGAUAAAACCUCCGAAUCUGAAAUUGCAUAAAUACAGAGAAACUUAUUGA